GUAAGUGACCUAUGUCCCGGCUAGUAUAAAUAUCCAGGGAAUACUCUGGAUAGGCACAGUUCAACUGAAACCCUCAUCAUGCAAUUUCUACGACUUCUGGUUCUUCUUGGCCUUCUACUGACUACUCAGGGCAGAGUGGUAGAGGAUAGUAAGACUCCGGUGGUUGCCUCUUCACCUGAACAAACGAAAACCGUGGAAGUUAAACAGGAAGAUACUAAGGAGACCCAGAAAGACCAGCCUCAGCUCAGUACUUCGGUCAAUUCUCAGGAUCCUCCGGCCAACCCGUCUUCUGAAGGAAUCAAACCAGUAGAAUCGAAGCAGGAAGUUGCUACAGAAAACCAAGAGCCACAAUCUCAGGAGCCCAACUCCGUCAGUGCUCAAGUUGUUCAGGAAACCCAGCCCCAGCUAGUUAGCUUCAUCAGUGCCAAGCCCGUAGAGAAUGUCCCAGCCGUGACCAAAGAACAGCAGGAAACCCAAGCCCAUCUGAGUAACGUCAUCAACCCAUCUGCUACCAUCGGGGAGAAGCAACCCACUUCUAAUGACAUACCCAAGGAUCAGGAACUUCCCAAAGAAGAAGAGAGCCAUCCGGAAGCCCAUGGCCGCGACAAUCAGAUCCGCUUUAUAUACGAACAGCCCGGCCAAAACCAAAAUCAAUACCAAAACCAGUACCCGCAGAUAACUGUUCAAGAUCUGGACAAGAUCUUUAAGUAUCAGGAAGUCCAAGUGCUUAACGGAUCUCAGGCCUCCAACCAAUAUCAGAACUACUUCAACAAGUUCCAAUCGUACCCAAAGGUGGAAUACGUUUCCACUGUGAAUACCUCGGACUCGAAUGUGACCAACCACAUCCACAACCACACCCACUACUAUCCCAACCAGAAGAAGCCCGGAUUCCCCUUCCCCUUCCUGCCCAAUCCGUUCGAGAAACAGGAGCAGCAACCCAUUUAUGUUAACCUUAAUCAAACUACCAACUCCACGGGUAAUGUGACUUAUCACACCCACAUCCACGAAGAGACCAAGCCGUUUCCCUUCCUGCCCAAUCCAUUCACUGACUUCCCUAAGGUUGUGGGUCUCAGCUUGGUUCUCCUUCCUAAUCCCUUCUACGUUAAUAAGAACCCGGAGCAGGUUCAGGUGGUGAAUCAGACUGCUGGAGGCCAGGAGACCGUGGAGUACCAGUACUUUGGAAAGUUCCGAGCCUUUUCUGAGGACUCACAGAAGCAGCAGCAGCAGCAACAGCAGCAGCAUCAGCAGCAGCCUCAAAAGCCCAAUUUCUACCUGAUCCCUAAUCCUCUGGCUAAUCAGGUUUCCGGAGAUGGUCAAAAGGGAGAUGCCAAUGUACUGCUGCCUGUAAACCUGGCUGCUCUUCCUCUCCUGGUUCCGGCUCAAGAAUUUAGUCAUGCCAAGUCUUCUUCUUCUUCGGGUAGCAUCAGUAUUAAUGAUCUGAUCAAGGCCACCAAUGUUCAUGUAAGCCAGCCCAUUAAGGUGUUUGCCAACAGUGGUCUGAGCCAAGUCCAGAAGGAGCAGGCUGCCAUCCAGCAGCUGAUUCUAAGCCAUCUCAGCGAGCAACAGAAACUGUUCCAGAAGCAAUCUUUGGCGGGUGGUAAGCGAUCCCAGUCAGCUGAGCCAGCUGCUGUCCAGGGGGAAGAAGAGAGCUCCGUUCUGUUUGCCGUGGAGAUUCCCAAGUCCAUUUACCGCUUCUUCAAGGGCAUCUUUGGUGGUUUCUCCAACUGAUAAUCCUGAAAAAGAUCCUGACCGAAAAAACAACUAAGAACAAUGGAAAGAACUAAGAACAAAUCGAUAUUUUUAGAUAAUUAACUAUUCAUUUUUAACAGAAAUAAAGUAGAUUGCAUACCAA